AUGACAGAACCUGGACUGCAUCAGAAUGCAGGUACGCCCAGUCAUAACCCUGGAGAUCUCGAGAUUAGGCUAGAGAAUACCCUCCCGCCAUCAACGAUACCCUCUCAACUCAGCAGCCAAGACCCUAUAUCUUAUCUAUACUUGACUCUUGAUACUCCUCUACCAAUAGUCCCUUCAUAUGAUGGAUCCAGUUCAACUACUAUCAAAGACCUGCCACAAUGCCCAGAUCUACGGCCGUACGCAUCGCCGUUUACCAUGCCACGGGCGCGGAAGAACAUCCUACUCGCACUGUCCUGUAUCGCUACGAUGCUAACAGCGUAUACGGCUGGAACUUAUUCACCCCCGUCGAGGGCAAUGGCUAGGGAUAUCGGAGCAAGUCAUACAGCGACACUUGUUGGAAUCACAACCUUUUGCAUGGGCUUCGCUUUGGCGCCCAUGGCUCUCGCUCCCAUCUCUGAGAUCUGGGGUCGACGCCCUGUCUUUAUGUUCGCUGGUUUUGUGUUUGUCAUCUUCCAAGCCGUCUGUUCUGUUAUGCCGAACUUGGCUGGCAUGUUGAUUGCUCGGUUCUUUGUUGGUGUCGGUGGUUCAGUCUUCAGUUCAGUUGUCGGUGGAGUCAUCGCUGAUCUGUGGCACAAGGAAGAGAGAAACACUCCCAUGGCUCUGUUCAGUGGUUUCGUUCUUUUUGGUACCGGACUUGGACCUUUGGUGGCCGCUGCUCUUGUCAAUGACCUUGAUGACGAUACACUGGCUUGGAAAUGGUCGUUCUGGCAUCAAGUCAUCUUGGACGGGCUUCUGUUGGUCGCUAUCAUGUUUCUCUUCAAAGAAACCCGAGGAUCAGUACUGCUAUCGCGAAAGGCCAAGAAAUUGAACGAGUGGUAUGAGAAGCUCGAGGAAGCAGGUGCCUACGGAGUGUUGGUUACCAAUGCUCAGAGAGAUUCGGGCAACAGCUCAUCGGCUUCAAGCGCCAAGACCUUACCAGGACAUGAUAACGAGGUCGAGAACAAUCAGCAGGGCCGUCUGCGAAGAGUUCGAUGGCUUGUGGAAGCUGAUGAACAGCGGCCUCCUCUUCAUCAAAUGAUGGCCACCUCCAUCAAAAGACCCUUCUAUCUUCUCUUCACAGAACCUGUCGUCUUUUCUUUCUCCCUUUGGGCCGCAUUCUCGUGGGCCGUCCUCUACUUGUCUUUCUCCAUCGUGCCGUACCUAUACGCUGACAACUACAACAUGUCCAUGCGCGUUUACGUCGCAAUGAUGGCUUCAGCUAUCGUUGCCACAGUUGUGGGCACACUUCAGGAGAACCUCAUGAAACACCCUCUCUGGUCCGGUCCUUACCACGAGAAAGAAGUGUCAACCUUCUGGCGUUUCAUAAGGAAGCACUUUCCCGCAGAUUCGCCUGAGGCUCGGUUGUACUUUUCAUGUCUUACAUCGCUUCUUCUCCCUGCCGGAUUGUUUGUUGCGUUCCUUAGUCCAACCAGCACAAGUCAUUACACGCAGGCCAUCGGGAUUGGGUUUGCAAACUGGGGCAUCUACUCUGUGUAUCUUGCUACUUUUAAUUAUCUGGCGGACACGUAUCACAUUUAUGCCUCAUCAGCAUUGGCUGCGCAGAGCUUCAGCCGCAAUGUACUGGGUGGCAUCUUCCCUGUGUUGACAGGCAUGAUGUUUGACAAUUUAGGUCUGAAGACUGCAGGAUGUGUGUUGGGGGGCAUCGCUUCUGCCCUAACACUCAUUCCAUGGGUCCUGGUUAUCUUCGGUGCCAAGAUUCGGGCCAGAAGCAAGUUUGCAAUUUCACUACAAAAGCAAUGA